UGGCUGUGGACCCACAUCCAAGGAGUCAGGGCAGAGGAUGGAGAGAAACCUGGGGACUCAGAAAACCAUGCGCUGCCUGAAAGUCCUGCCUGAAGGCCAGAAAGACUUGCUCUAACGGAGUCUCAACAGCUGCCUGGUGAUUCCUUUUCAGCCCCUCUGAGUGAGCAACAAUCCAACAUGGACUACAGUCUCCAGUUGACCUUCCUGUGUCUGUGUGUCUUCACUGAGAGGUUGUGUGUCCAGGGGAGUCAGUUUAACAUCGAGGUCAGCAGAAGUGACAAAUUUUCCCUGCCUGGCUUUGAGAACCUCACAGCAGGAUAUAACAAGUUUCUCAGGCCCAAUUUUGGUGGAGAACCAGUUCAGAUCGCACUGACUCUGGACAUCGCAAGUAUUUCUAGUAUUUCAGAGAGUAACAUGGACUACACGGCCACCAUUUAUCUCCGACAGCGCUGGACGGACCAGCGGCUGGUGUUUGAAGGCAACAAGAGCUUCACUCUGGAUGCUCGUCUCGUGGAGUUCCUCUGGGUGCCAGACACCUACAUUGUGGAGUCAAAGAAGUCCUUCCUCCAUGAAGUCACUGUGGGAAACAGGCUCAUCCGUCUUUUCUCCAAUGGCACAGUCCUGUAUGCCCUGAGAAUCACAACAACUGUUGCAUGUAACAUGGAUCUGUCUAAAUACCCCAUGGACACACAGACGUGCAAGUUGCAGCUGGAAAGCUGGGGCUAUGAUGGCCACGACGUGGAGUACACCUGGCUGAGAGGGAAUGACUCUGUGCGUGGGCUGGAAAACCUGCGGCUUGCUCAGUAUACCAUACAACGGUAUUUCACCUUAGUCACCAGAUCGCAGCAGGAAACAGGAAAUUACACACGAUUGGUUUUGCAAUUUGAGCUUCGGAGGAAUGUCCUGUAUUUUAUUUUGGAAACCUACGUUCCUUCCACUUUCCUGGUGGUGUUAUCCUGGGUUUCAUUUUGGAUCUCCCUUGAUUCAGUUCCUGCAAGAACCUGCAUUGGAGUGACCACCGUGUUAUCAAUGACCACAUUGAUGAUUGGGUCCCGCACUUCUCUUCCCAACACCAACUGCUUCAUAAAGGCCAUCGAUGUGUACCUGGGGAUCUGCUUUAGCUUUGUGUUUGGGGCCUUACUGGAAUAUGCAGUUGCUCACUACAGCUCCCUACAGCAGAUGGCAGCCAAAGAUAGGGCGACAGCGAAGGAAGUGGAAGAAGUCAAUAUUACUAACAUCAUCAACAGCUCCAUCUCCAGCUUCAAACGGAAGAUCAGCUUUGCGAGCAUUGAAAUUUCUGGCAAUAACGUGGACUAUAGUGACUUGACAAUGAAAACCAGUGACAAGUUCAAGUUUGUCUUCCGAGAAAAGAUAGGCAGGAUUGUUGAUUAUUUCACAAUUCAAAACCCCAGUAAUGUGGACCGAUAUUCCAAACUACUCUUUCCUUUGAUUUUUAUGCUGGCCAAUGUAUUUUACUGGGCAUACUACAUGUAUUUUUGAGACAACAUGGAAUUUUUGGCAUGCCAUAGGUCUUUAGCAGAACAAGAUAAUGUUGUUAGUGGUAUUGUAGGCCAAGUGUGCAUAUUGACCCAAUGUCAGGUGACCAAAAUAACAUCUGAACAAAUUUCUCCUAAUACCAUGGACCCCUGACCAUUAUUCUAAGCUGUGUAGAAGUCCCAGCAUUAUGAGGUCUUAUGAUAGAAACAUCAGUCCUUUCUUCUUCCAUCUUUACCAAGGACAUCCCUAUGGAGUCCAAGAUUACAAACAUACUCAGGAAUGGCUAUUUGCUCAGUGUCUCCCUGGUCUGCAUUUGCCUCAUAUUAAAAAAAAGUAGGAAGGAGAUCAUUAUGAGUAUUGGGUAACCUUCAAGUGUCAGGUGUUGUUUCUAAAUUAAUUAUACACAUUAUUUACUAAAUCUCUGAAAUGUUUAUAAAAUAUAUUGUUAUCUGUUUGGAAAGUAACAUUUUCUAGUUUUGUGUUUUUUAUUAAAAUGAAAU